AUGUCGGGGCGGGGGCGGCGGGUCCGCGGUCGGCGCGGGCCGGGGGCCGGGACACUGACCCCGACACGAAUCCCGACCCCGGAGCGGCCGCGGGCGGGGCCGGUCGGCGGCUCCCCGAGGCCCAGCCGGUUCUGCCCGCAGUGCGGGCGCGCCGUGGAGCCCGCGUUCCGUUUCUGCCCGGCCUGCGGCGGGAGGCUGCCCGAGCUGCCCGAGGAGGAGCGCGCCGAGCCCGCCCCGCCGACCCCGCCGCCGGCCUCCAGCCCCGCCGUCCCCUCCCCGCGGGCGGCCCGGCCCGGGCCCCGCUCGCCCCGCAAGCCCCGGCCCGGCCCGGCCGCGCCGCUCCCCGCGGACACGGUGCUGGCGGACCAGGGCGGGCGGCGCUGGCGGCUGCGGCGGCUGCUGGAGCAGGGCGGCUGCGGGCUGGUGUACGAAGCGCAGUCAGCAUCUGGAACCUGCCCUCAAAAGCAAAGCUACUCCCUCAAACUUGAUGCCAAAGAUGGGAGGAUAUACAAUGAACAGAAUUUCUUCCAGCGAGCUGCCAAAGCAGGCACAGUGGAGAAGUGGAAGAAGUGGCACUCUGUGCCUUUGCUGGGAAUUCCCAAUUGCAUUGGCUUUGGACUGCAUGGAGACAGCUACAGGUUUUUGGUGUUCUCUGACUUGGGGCGAACUCUUCAGUCGGUACUGAGUGAUGGCUUGAAUCUGCUGAGGGAGAAGGCAGCGUUUCAGAUUGCAGUCCGGCUGCUAGACUGCCUGGAAUACAUCCAUGAGAAUGAGUACGUGCAUGGGGACAUCACUGCUGAGAACAUCUACCUGAACCCAGCAGACCUCACACAGGUGACCCUGGCGGGCUAUGGCUUCGCAUUCCGGUACUGCCCCGGCGGGAAGCACGUGGCUCGGCGGGAGGGCAGCAGGACCCCUCACGAGGGCACCCUGGAGUUCAUCAGCCUGGACAGCCACAAAGGUGCAGGACCAUCUCGCCGGAGUGACUUGGAAUCUCUGAGCUACUGUCUUGUAAAAUGGCUCUGUGGCUUUUUGCCUUGGUCUAAUGUGCUGGACAGAGUAGAAACUGUAGUGGAGCAGAAGGAAAGGUACAGAAAGGAUGUGAAAUGCCUUCUCCGACUGUGCUUCGGGCACAGGGCCAUUCCAGAGACCCUGCAGAGAUACCUGGAGCAGGUGAUGUCUCUGGAGUAUGAGGAGAAGCCUGACUAUGAGGCCCUACGGCAGCUCUUCAAGAAGCCACUGGAAAAGAUGAAAUCUUCAGCCUAUGACCCUGUGGAUAUCCCAGUGGUGCCCUAGAUCAAGAGAACUUGCACAGGAAGAGUUCAGAGCUUUCUGCAGUGAGGCCUUUGCCACAGAUAUUUAACUUUUACCAGUUUUAGAAUGAGAGGUUUUUUUUCAGUGCUUUCUUCCCAUUUUAAUGUGACCCAGUGCUGAAGUUUGAGGUGCUGCUGUACCAAGUUAAUGUGAAGACACUCCUGCCUGGCAGGUCAGGGGAAGCAGUAGCUGGAGAAUUGCAAUGGAACCACGGGGAGCAGGGAAAUUAAAUCAGGGACUUUUUUUAACUGGAGUGGCAGAACAUAGUUUUGUAAUAAAUGUUGUGGACAAGCACCCAA